GAAGGGUUGUAUCAUAUUGAAACCCUUUAUGAGACAAUCUGAUCAGAAUUAGCAAGCUAGACAGUUUAAGAGAUCGAGGGAAAUAACAUAAUCUAUAUGAGUACAUGCAAAUUAAACAUAAAUCUCCAAAUAGUUAAAAAAAAAGAAAGGAAAUAUACAUUGACACAUUUUAAUUACGUAGUACAAAAACGUUCAGUAAAAAAGCGGAAUCUUGUAGUGUACCCUCCUAAGGACUGGGAAUUAAAUAUAAAAAAACGCUAAUUUGCAUGGGAGGGACAGUCUUCAAUUCCACAAAAGAGAUGUAAAAAUUAUAGUAUAGUCCCCACUAAAAGAGAUAAAUUAAAGAUAGAGUAGAAGGAAGAAUUGUAGUUAAAAAUAACAUAAAGUUAAGGACCAGCUCCAUUGCUCACCCUUAAAAAAACCGCAUCCUAUUCUCUUCCUUAUUUGCAUAUCGCAUUUGUUCGUAUUCUUGAGAGAAAGAAGAGAGAGAAAGAAAACAAAAAAAAAAAAAAAAAAAAGAAAGAAAGAAGGAAAGAAUGUUCCACCACCCUAAGAAGCCUUCUUCUAUGAAUUCAAAUGAAAGGACUUCUUCUAUGUGUGUUCAAAACGACUCCGGCCUCGUUCUUACUACUGACCCUAAGCCCCGCCUUCGUUGGACUGUCGAGCUCCAUGAACGCUUUGUUGAUGCUGUUACUCAGCUCGGCGGCCCUGAUAAGGCUACACCAAAGACGAUCAUGAGAGUUAUGGGUGUUAAGGGUCUCACUUUGUACCACCUCAAGAGCCAUCUUCAGAAAUUUCGGCUGGGAAAGCAGCCUCAUAAAGAUUUCAAUGAUCAUCACUCGGUUAAGCAAGAUGGUAAGAGAGCUACGUCGUUGGAGCUUCAGAGGAACACUGCAUCAUCCUCCGGAUUAAUGGGUCGUACUAUGAAUGACAGCAAUGUGCACAUUAGUGAUGCAAUUAGGAUGCAAUUGGAGGUGCAAAGGAGGCUCCAAGAACAAUUAGAGGUCCAAAGACAUUUGCAACUAAGAAUUGAGGCACAAGGAAAAUACAUGCAAAACAUACUAGAAAAAGCUUGUCAAACACUAGCAGGAGAAACCAAUAUGGCAGCUUCAGCAAGCUAUAACAACAAAGGCAACAACAACAUCCUAGGCAAUAAUAGCCCAACAAUGGCCGGAGACCACUUAGAAGGACCUAUGAAAGAAUUCGGCCCGAUGAAUUUCCCAUCUCUCCAAGACCUUAACAUCUAUGGUGGUGAGCAAGCAUUAGAUCUUCACUCGAGUUUGGACCGUUCUUCAUCACUUGAGAACUUCAUGCAAGUUCCAAGUGAUAGCCUUUGCUUAGGAAAUAAGAAGAGACCAAACCCUUAUAACAAUGGGAAUAACAAUAAUAAUGGUAAGAGUCCUUUAAUUUGGUCCGAUGAUCAUCUUCGUCUUCAAGAACUUGGACCUCCAACCGCGGCUAAUUGCUUAGGAAAUCCUCAAGAUCAUGAAGACCCUUUUAAGGGUACCGAUAUACAAAUUGCACCACCAUCUUUGGAUCAUCAUAGGAGUGGUGCUGAGCAUCAAAUCGAUUCGAUCUCGGAGAUUUAUGAGUCUAAGCCACUCCUAACUAGUGAUAUUGUUGUUGGGGGUGACAAGAAAUUUGAGUCGUCGCCUAAGCUAGAGAGGUUGUCACCGGCUAGUCAAGGCACCCCUCUUGGGAGGAAUUCUCCCUAUGGUUGAGCUUUGAUAAUUUUGGUAGGUUUAAGCAUAAUUUAUUUUCUUUAGAUCCAAAACUUUUUUUUUUUUUUACUACAAACAAUUAUUCCAUCCUUUGGAGUUCUCAAUUUUUUUGGUCCGUUAUUAGUCAUCUAAGUAGAAUAUAACGACUUUGAAGAGUUUACCUCUCUAACUAUUUACCUUUUAUACUUCAUGCUAAGGUAUGCUUUCAUUGAUGUUAAUAAUAAUGGUAUGCUCGGCCGUUCAUAGAU